CAGUGCAGGGAGCAAGAAGGGUCUCGAGGAGAGGAGAGUCUCAAGAAGCAAGUACAGAUACUGCGAUGGCACCACUCUACGCUAUUCUUGUGUUUUUCAGCAAAGUGUGUGGUCUGCUUGGGAAGAGUGUAGUUCAGUCUAACACGCUGGUGACAGCUGAGCUUGGAGGUACUGUGACUCUCGUAUGUUUCCAUCCUACAGAAGAUGUGACAUUCAUCAGCUGGUUAAAGCAACCUCUUGGACAGAAGCCUCAGCGUGUAGCAACUGUGUCAAGAUUUGGAUCAGAUGUUACAUUUCCAAAUGAGUUUAAAAACAGCACACGUCUCAGACCUAAUGGAACGAAGGGAAACUUUAACCUGACUAUCUCACAAGUAGAGCCAUCUGAUUCAGCAACAUACUUCUGUAUAACGACUACAACCUUCAGUGGGUUCAGUUUUGGAGAUGGAACUACUUUAAUGGUGAUGGAGUCCCAGAGCAGGACAGUAGUAUUCCAGCAGCCCGAGUCUGAGUCAGUGAAGCCAGGAGACUCUGUGACUCUGCAGUGUACAGUACACACUGAGACCUGUGCAGGAGAACACAGUGUGUACUGGUUCAGACAGGCCUCAGGAGAGUCCCCUCCAGGAAUCAUUCACACCCACGGACACAGGAGUAAUGAGUGCCAGAGGAGCUCUGGGACUGUGUCUCCCACACAGAGCUGUGUCUACAACUUCCCCAAGAGGAACCUCAGCCGCUCUGAUGCUGGGACUUACUACUGUGCUGUGGCCACCUGUGGGGAGAUCCUGUUUGGGAACGGGACCAAACUGCAUGUUGAGGAAAAUACACAUCUUCCUCUUUAUUGCUUGGCGGGAGCUUUGGCGUUGAGUGUGAUCCUGAAUGUUGUCCUCGCUCUCAACAGGAGCAAAAGCAGUGAGAAUUCCAGAGGGGCUGCAUCAAACAUCCAAAUGUUCAGAGAAGACUCUUCAAGUGCACAGUGUCGAGAUGAAACAAUGAAUUACGCAGCUUUGUCUUUCACCAAGAAACCCAAAGUGAGGAGGAAUAAGAGGGAAGUGCAGGGAGAAACGGUUUACUCUGAUAUGAGAUUUACACACCACAAGUGAAGCUUUCCAUAAUAAUUCAUCUUCAUCACAGGAAUGAUCAUAAUGUAUCACGAUGUAACAAUUCCUCACUAGCAUUGUGAACAUUAUAUGUGGCUGUAAAUGACACUGACCGAUGGUAUUUGCCUUUUCUUAGUGCUGUGCUUCUUCUUAAAUUCUGCUGUUGUUCAAAUAAAGUAAAACUUCAAAACA